AUGUCGUCAAAUAAUCCGUUUGCUUCUGCCCUCAAGGCACCAGACGCAUACGUCCAUCGCAGAGAACCACCACCAGUCCCACAGGCGAGAACCAAUUCAAACACGCCACCGGCACGUCCUCCUAAACUCGAUUCUGCCUUACCUCCUUCAUAUGAAGAAGCAGCAGGGCCUGAGAAGACAAGAAAAGAAUAUCCUAGGGAAAAACUGGGUUCAUCAUCGUCUAGACACCACUCGUCAUCCAGACGUCAUCGCUCUCACAGUGAUAGUGGUACUGGUACAGGAAGACACAGUCGCUCCAACAGAGAUAAGGAAAGACGUCACAAGAAGAAAUCCCAACCAGAGCCUGUUAAAGCUAAGAACUUGGAUACCAUCGAUAAAUUGGACGUGACAGGAUUCUUCGGAGGCGGUUUCCAUCAUGAUGGACCAUUUGAUGCGUGUACUCCACAUAGGAAUAAGAAUGUUAAAGCUGCUCCAGUAAUGGCAUUCCCUGCUGAUGGUCCAAAUAGCUCAAUAAAGGGUGCGGGUGGAAACAUUGACAAAAACGAACAAAUGAAUUUGGCAUUUGGUAACUACGAUGGAGAACAAGACCAAUUAGUGGGUAAGACUUCACCAGUAAGACACCAGAGUAAUGAUAAUCAAGUGCCAUUGAUUAAGACUAAUAGAAAAACUAAUGAUGUCCCCACAUCGUUAUUCACACCAAAGCAAAAUCCUUCUGUGAUGAAUUUCGACGCCAAUAUGAAGGCCGAACCAAUACACGGUUCAACCACUGCUGGUUUAGGUUCUUCGACUUUUAUCGAUGGUGCACCUGCUCCAAGAGCUACCGAUGAUCAAUUUUUAAGUGUCAACGGCGGUGGUUUAGGAAGAAAGAAAUCGUUAGUUCAAAGAUUACGUAAAAAUAGUGGAAGUGAAAGUAGUAGCAGGAGAAGCUCCAAUGACUUAUAUGACAGAUCAGAAGAGAGAAGAAACUCUGGUGGAUACGACAGCGAAAACGUUGAAGGGUCCGGUAACUCCUUAUUAAGAAGAGUUAAGAGUUUGAAAGUGGGUAGAAAAUAA